GCACCAUUUCUGCAACAACCUCAUUCAGUGAUAUGUACGUGUGCUUAUCAAUUAUCACACAAAACAUGAAAUAGCCUGUCAGCACACAAUCACCACGCUCCGUGAUUUGUUUCUUUUUUAAUUUUCUUUUCAUUGGCUGUUACCGCACAAUCAGCAACAAAACGUGUCUCAGUUGGUGGUUCUCCUUUUUCUUUUCUUUCUUCUUUUUUUCCAUCCUUACCACAAAAAACUGAUGAAUGAUUUUUCAGACAUCCAGAUCACCCACAAACUCGGAACAGGCACAUUCGGCGACGUGUACGCAUUCUUGGACUGCAAAACGAACCGCAAGAUGGCCCUUAAAAUUGAAAAAAAGAACUGCGAUCUUCUGCGCAACGAGUACAAGAUUUAUGUGCGGUUGAACCGCACAACAAACGAUUACGUGUGCCGUACGUAUUUUUAUGGCAAGGUCAAGCUCAAUAACACGCUCAACAACGCGAUGGUGAUGGACCUUCUCGGUCUUUCGCUCCAGAAACUUUUUAUCAGACAGGACAAGCAUUUCUCGGCGGCCACCAUACUGAAGAUGGGGAUUAUGAUGAUAAGAUGUGUGGAGUUCUUGCACGUGCGGCAUUUUGUGCACAGAGACAUCAAGCCCGACAAUUUUGUGUUCGGGAUGGGAGAAAACUGCGACAAGCUGUAUUUGAUCGAUCUGGGCCUUGCAAAGAGGUACAGGAGCUCGAAAACGCACACACACAUACCACACAAGAAGGGAAAGAUGCUUGUUGGGACGGCACGGUACGCAUCCGUAAAUGUGCAUCGCGGCGAGGAGCAGAGCAGACGCGACGACCUGGAGAGCCUGGGAUACUGCCUGAUAUUCUUUGCUAAGGGAAAGCUGCCGUGGCAGGGCCUUAAGGCGAGCACCAAACAGGAGAAGCACAUGCUGAUAAGAGAGGUAAAGGAGAGCGUGAGCCUGAUGGAGCUGUGCGAUGGCCUGCACACGUGCUUUUACGAGUAUAUGAAAUAUGUGAGGAACCUUAAGUUCAAGACCAUGCCUGAUUACGGUUACUUAAAACAGCUGUUCGAUAAUGCUCUGUACGAAAUUGGGGAGGAGUGUGAUAAGCGGUUUGACUGGAGCGACAGUGAAUGAACGGCGGGUGCAUUGAACGAUGGGAACGGCUCAGAUUGUUUGUGAGGUGCCAGCAGAUUGCCGACACAGCCAUGGCGAUUUCCACCGUAGAAAACCUCAGAUAAGGAGAUCGGUGCACGCGGUGUAAUGCGGUGUUCGCGCGGAUCAAGCACUGUUUGUGAUCAGCAUCUCGUUCUAAGGCACUAACAGCAUUUAAAUACGCUUUUCAUCGCUGCUGCCACCCAUCGUCUUGAUUGCAGGGAUAGUGUGCAGGUCCCGCUGCUUGAACAGAAAGAAAUAGGCCUUUAUACAAAAUAAAAAGCUUACAAAGA